AGUACAGUGGUGCAAUCUUGGCUCACUGCAACCUCUGCCUCCCGGGUUCAAGCGAUUCUCCUGCUUCAGCCUCCGGAGUAGCUGGGACUACAGGAGCACACCACCGUACCCAGCUAAUUUUUGUAUUUUUAGUAGAGAUGGGGUUUCACCAUGUUGGCCACGAUGGUCUCCAUCUCUUGGCCUCAGGUGAUCCGCUCACCUUGGCCUCCUAAAGUGUGGGGAUUACAGGCGUGAGCCACCGGGCCCGGCCUUUUUUUUUUUUUUUUUUUUGAGAUGGAGUUUUGCUCUUGUCACCCAGGCUGGAGCGCAAUGGCGCAAUCUCAGCUCACUGCAACCUCCGCCUCCUGGCCUCUUGGCCAGGCUGGUCUGGAACUCCUGACCUUAGACGAUCUGCCCACCUCAGCCUCCCAAAGUGCUGGGAUGACAGGCGUGAGCCACCAUGCCCGGCCAAUACUCCCUUUUUGGUUAUUAAUAAGUUAUACAGACUUUCUAGAACACGUGCAAACAGUACUGAAGCACGUGUAGAAACACAAGCCUUGCCCCUCUGUCUGCUCCCCAGAGGUCACGGUGGUGGUCAGGCAGGUGCACGCCCUCCUCCUGGCUGUGGUGUGAGGGUGGAUUGAAGGGGACCAAGGAGAGUGCACCGGAGUGCAUCAUUAAGGUCCUCUAGGCAAGAAGCAGAGGUAAUGGACCGGGGUGGGCUUCAGAUUUGUCUUCCAGUUUCAGGUGUUUAGAGUAAGGUCAAGCGGUCAGUACCACAGCGUGCCCUGAGGAUGGCUUCGGUCAGUUCCAGUACCCCCAAGGAGUUGCAUGAAGGUCUCACCUCAUCCCAUCACCUACCCUGGGCUUCUUCAUCUGCAGGGUGGGGCUCACUGUCCUCAGGUCCUGAGAUUCUCUCAGGCCACCAACACAGGCCCUGGGGCUGCCCAUGAUCAGGCCAGCUGUCAGCGUCCGUUGCAGAAGCUCAGAGGGCCCCCUGGGACUUGGCUCCCUUUCGAGAUUCUGGGAGCAGACUACAGCAGCAGUCACUGACCCUGGAGUGGUCACGGGCCACUUUGAGGAGUUGGAUAGCUUGAAGGAUGAAUGGCUGAGCUGCAGGGAGAGAUCUGGGGAGGGCAUUUCAGGCAACGGUUCUGGUGGGUCAAAAGAUGCAGGAGGGACCUGGGUGUAGCCCGUUUGCCUGCAAGAAGGCCCUGUGUGGAAGAGGCAGGGUUCCUUAUCAAUCCUGGGCCUGGCCCAUUGUUAACAGGGAGCCGUCUGGGACUCUAGAGCAGUGAGGGGGCAGCCCAGGUGCAAGACACAUGGUGAUGAGGAAGGAGCUAGGGUCAGACCCUGGCUCUGCCACUUGGUUUCCUGAGGCCCUGCAUGGAUUACCCCAUUUCUAAUAUGGCCAGGGUUAAUGUACCUGGCCCAAGGAUUGUUGUGAAAAUUAGAGAUCCAUUAUAGCCAGCACACAGGAGUGUGCAAUGGUGAUGCAAAUGAUAUAAAUGAUGAUGAAUGAGGCAGAAGCUGGACCACUCUGCCUUUAAAAUCCUGAAGCCCUAGACGCCCACCCUAAUCAUGAUAGCUGUCAUUUAUUAUGCAAUGACUGGGUGAUGAUUAGAGCCCAUUUACUCUCUGCAAGAGAGUCUCUAUCACCCAUUUUACAGGUGAGGAACCCGAGUUUCCUGAUGUCUCUGAGGCCAUGUAGCCCAUGAGUGACGGAGUGUGAAUUCCAUUCUGUGCUGUCUGUUCAGUGUGGUUCAUAUUCUACCAGACUCCAGCCCUGCCUGUGAAACUCCAUAUGUAGUGGGUGCUGAAGUGAAUAUAAAAUAGCAAGUGUGCCCCAUGAGAGAAGCUGAGCAGGCCCCUGCAGGCUUCCUGGAGGCAUCUCCUGUAGUAUGGCCCUUGGAUGGGCCUGCUGCCCAUGUGAUUCAGCUCCAGGUGGAGCCUGGGAGGGGUCCCAGUCCUGGGCCUGUGGCUGGAGUCGCCCACGCUAUAGUCAUCCAGCCUCCUGUCAAGACCUUUUGCUCACUCAACUUGCUUUUUAAAACAAAAAAGCAUCCAAGUGGUUCAGUCUCCAAGCCUGGGCUGUUCUUGGGCCCUCUUGAGAAUUUGGACACAGGGGUUUGCAGAUUGCCACAGCAGGGAUUAACCCUCCACGGCCUGUGGCAUUCUCCCAGCUCGCUGACCCUGGGGGAACCGGGGCCUGCUGAGCUGAGCCCUUUGUUAAUGCAGACGAAAAAGGCAUUAACCUGCCGGUCCUGAGGCUGUCCACUGCAGAAAUGUGACUUCCCUGCCUGCACGUUAAGUGCUAAUAUGCUCACUAGCUGGCCUGUCCACCCCACAGACUCAUUACCGCUUGACCACAGAGGAAUUGCAGAGCCAGGCAGGGGUUGUGUCUGCAGGCUCUGGCAGCUCGGCAGAUUUCAAUGAGAUGAUCGCUUGUCAUUUUUUAUUAAUGAGCGAGUGCCUGAUUCAUUAUACAUCUGAGGGGUGAACCACCCCAGAUGGGGAGGAGGAACACGGAGAUGUGCAGGCACCACAGAAGGGGUGACGUGGCCCGUGUGUGAGUCUUUUCUUCCUCUUUCUUCCUGCAAGAAACAAGUAAGAAAAGCUUUCCCGCUUUGGCAGGCAAGGCUUGGGUGACAGGCUAUGUAAUGGUGAAGGGGAGGCGGCCCCAUGGCAAAGGGAAGUUACCGCAUAGAGGGCAGAUGUCUAUGCAGGAGGGCUUCCAAGGAGACCUGGAAUGAAUGUGGGGUGAGCCCUGGCCCAAAGGCAUUUGCUAAAUGUUUGUGGAAUAAACAAAUGCCUACACAGGAAAUGCCUCCUAACAUAAGGAUGCAGUUCGCCCACCCCUCCGCCAGGCUCCUGCUGUGUGCCAGGCAUUGCACAAGGUACUGGGGACACAGCAGGCCUUGCUGUCUGGGGGCUCCAGGGACUCCUGGGUUAUGUCUGCCCUGCCACUAAGGUAUCUGUGUGACUUCAGGCAUCCCUGUUUCCUUAUCUGUAAAACAUGCUGAGCUGUGCCUGACCCCAUCUCUCUGUCUUCUGUGGGGUGGAUUGGCAAGAGCUGUGGGAGCCAGAAGCCCUUGUGGGUCCAUCGUGAGCACUUAGUGUGUAGGUGGGCCGGUGAGGGUGCUGAGCUGGGCAGGCGGGGGGCCAAGCCUGGGCCUUCUCAGAUCUUUGAGGAAAUGCACAAUAUCUUAUUCAUUAUCGCUUCACUGGUGCCCGUGCAGGGCGGGCACUCCGAGGUUCCGGGUGAGCGAGUGUGGGGUUGGCAAUAUAGCCAAAGUGGAAGGCUGGCCCCGGCUCAGAGCGGGGCUCCUCCCGCCUAAGAGGACAGCCUGCUCAGACCUCCAGCUAAUAGGGCUGGUGGCAAAUUGUACUUUGUGUCCAUUGGUAGCAUGAGAUUGUAGCUCGCAUCUCUUUCCCUCCCUGGCUCCCCAGUCGGAGGGAGCUUCCAGAGGCAGUGGAGCAGCUGGGGAUCAGCUCUGCCCCUUGCCAGCUGCAAAAACUCAAGUCUUGGGUUUUCAUCCAUGUUAACAACAUCUGCUUCAUAGGCCUGCAAGGUGACCAGAGCGCCUGGAAGGGGCUAUUGCUGUGGUUGAGCCAUUGGAGGACUCAGCUUAGACAACUCACAACUUGGACUUAUUCAAGACCAAUGAGAGGACAACAUGCCUGCUGAUGGACUAACAGGAGUUUCUGGGAGACCCUGGAAGCAUGAAGCCCACAAGUUCCCCAGAGAGGAGCAAUUGCAGGCAUUUCUCCAGCAGCCGACCACUGCCCCUCAGGACCCUUGCAUGCCUUGGCUCCGGCCAGUGCGCGUGUUGCCCCUGGUCAAGGGCUGCCUGACCCACUCAGUGCUUGCCUCUUCCUGACCUCGAUCUCCACCCCACACCUGUGAUUGCACAACCCCAGGGCUGUAGAAUCCACCACAGGCCGUCUCUCCUGCUAUGAUGAGAGCCUGCCUUGCUUCAAGCACUAGGACUCCACGUGAAGAACACACAGUUCUUUAUUCUGUUUUAAUCAGAUGCUUAAUGAUUUUCAGUCUACUUAAUUACUAGUAUUGUAUUUUUUAAAUAGAGGUUUUAACUGCAUCUAUGUAGUAUCUUAGCCACAAUGUGGGUUAUCAUCUGGGUAUUUGUGGGCUAACAUGGAAAGCUACUCAUAUUAUGUUACAUUAUUUUUUAUGGGAAAAUGCAUUUAAGUUCCAAAUCAUUGAUUUAUAAUAUGUCGACCUUUGAGAACACAGCUCAUUUGUAAGUGGGAAUAGCCUGUAUUCAGAACAAAAUAAAGGGUCUGAUAUGUCCUGGGAACAGCACAGAUAAGCUGAGUCACAGGAGGGCGAGGCCGCAGCAGCCCUUCCAGGAAGCCUUUUGCUUGGAGGAGGAGUUGAUGGGGCUGAGGCGUCAAUGUGAACAGGAGAGAGGGUGGCGUCUGCUGUGUCUGCUGUGUCUGCGGGCAUAUUAGGGUCAAUGGAAAGGCCAGUUUGGCAGCAAAAUGACUUGUGUGUGGAGGGCGGCUGGAGAAGUAGACAAAUUCCCAAGGGCAGUCACUGGACUUAGAGGUUACCUACUGGGCUUUGGUGGAGCCAGGGAAAGUUCUGGGUGUGGAGAGUCCUGUUGGCAGCCUGCAGGAGGAGGCUCUGUGAGGGCCCAUGUGGGGACACUGGUAGGAUGCCAUCGUCUUCCUGCGGGGCCGGCACACACAGACGGGAGGGGCUGCUUCCAGGAAAGGUAGUUCUGGGAGACACUGUCCCCCGGGACAAGAGCACACAGGCUGGUCUUGACUGUAGUUUUGUUGCCUGGCUGUGUCCGUUUCCCACCUGCUGUUUUUUACAUGGGUUGCCCAGGGCCAAGGCAGCUCCAGCUGAUCCCUUCUCCAGCCUCUGCCCCUGCAAGUCCUGCUCUGUGCAGAGCCCAUGUGUCUCGUUGGCUGAAGGUAGGGGUCGAAUGGGGAUUGGAGUGGGCUUGCCAGAGGCACUCCCACCCUCUUUUUUUUUUUUGAGACGGAGUCUCGCUCUGUCUGUCGCCCAGGCUGGAGUUCAGUGGCAGGAUCUCGGCUCACUGCAAGCUCCGCCUCCAGGUUCACACCAUUCUCCUGCCUCAGCCUCCCAAGUAGCUGAAACUACAGGUGCCCGCCACCACACCCAGCUAAUUUUUUUGUAUUUUUAGCCAGGAUGGUCUCGAUCUCUUGACCUCGUAAUCCACCCACGUUGGCCUCCCAAAGUGCUGGGAUUACGGGCGUGAGUCACUGCACCCGGCCCCACCCUCUCUUACCUGAGCAGGGCUUUGGAUCUCUGUGGGGCACUUGUAUGUCAUGGAAGGGCAUUUCUUCAAACCCCUCCUCUAAGCCUGGCUGAAGAGAACCAGCUCAGAAUCAUCACUGCCUAUGGAAGGCCUGGCCCAGGCUGCAGACACCUUGGGAAGGAGUCUCUCUGGAGAUGGCCGUGGGGUCCAGAGAGCAGCCCUUUCUGUGGGGCGUUCACUGUUGGGGUCCAACCAGUUCUCUUCCAACUCGGUAAUGCCUCAUUUCUGAGCCUGAACAUUGCCCCAGGGAAGCUGAGGGGAAGGGCUGGUGAUGGUGCCCUGGGAUUCUGCCCGAGGCCUCACUCACUUCCAUCUAUGGGUAGUAUCGAGGCUGGGGAGCCCGAGCCGUGAGGGCUGACUAAACGUGGCUCGAGUGUCUGAGCGCUUGCCUGUGUCAAUGCAGCCCUUCGCGGUUCCAGAGCAGCCACUGCAUGGAGGGGAGCCUCAUUGAUGAGCUCACUGCAUGCAAACAGUAGCUGGGCCAGGUCCUACUGUCUGCAUAGACGCCCUGCCCCCCAUGUAACACAGUUGCCACCCGACUACUGUCAGAAGGAUCAGGAUUCUGAACUUAAGGAGUUCUGUCCUCGCCACUAGGAGGGAAGGGGUCCUUCUGGCAAGGGUCCCAUCAGGAAAGAGUUGGAGGCUCCGUUCCACCAGCCUCCAGCAUGGUCUAGUUCUCCCCCGAGGCUGAGGAAAAGUUUGGUUCCCUUCCCUUGUUUUCUUUUUGUGGCCUUUGCGGUGCCCUUGGAGGCAGUACCACCCAAGAAGGGGGUCUGCUUUUCAGUUUUGCUGACCCGGGAGCAUUGGGGUUGAGCUUUUUGUGUAAGUGACCGGGACAAACCUCUGAUCCCUUUGCAACCCCAUGGCCCUAUAGAAGUGUCGCUGAAGCAGCGUCUGGUUUGACCAUCUUCUCCCCAUCCCUGCCAUCCCAGGAAACCACCUGACUCAUCUCAAGGGCUGCUGUAUGCCGUGGGGAGGGUAUAUGCGGUGCUCAGAUAGUGCCAGCCAACGCCUGCUCAUGCAGCCCCUCUGCAUUCAAGGCUUUGCCAUGCGUCCCACUCCGGGUACCCCAGGCAGGCCGGGCUCUCUCUCUGGACCUGGCACCCCCCCUGUUCAAGAGAGGGAAGAGCAGGCCAUUUCCAGCCCAACACCCUGUGCCUAGGGGCAGCACUGCCCAGACUCAGAGUGGGGAUGCAGUUGGUGUUUAUGGGACUCACUCUUGCUCCCCAUGCUGAAAGAUGUCCACAGUUCCUUCAAGAUUCAAGGAAGGCCCAUGCAGGCCUGAGCUGAUUUCUUGGCUUAAGAUGGGGUCCCAUAGCCCCCCGCCUCCUGCAUAAGAAACAUGUCUUACUCUAGAGGCCUCAGCCUGUGCUCCUGCAGGAAUGUAGCAGAGGGUGUUGGGGAUAGGGUAGGGCUGGAGCUUGGCCACAGUCAGAGGGUCUCGGGUAGGGACAUGGAGUCUGAGCCUCUGACAGGGAGAGCUACGGGACAGGUCAGGGCAAGGGAAGCGGGUGGCCGACUCUGGAAUGCCCCCCUCCUGGUCAGGGCCCUUCCUCCCAUCCUGUCCUGGGAUUAAUGUCAAAUGUCUUGUACUUAAUGGUAAUCCCAUUGCUUAAGGUAAGAUCUCCCUUUUGGGGACAGAAGAGCUGUUUUUCAUAUUCUUGAUGCCUUGAGAUCAGAUGCAAAAGAAGGUAUAGAAUGUCAUUGGGGUGACAAAGAGUGAUGAUGACAAUAGCAAUGACCCCUCCCCACCCCAUUAUGUCUCCUGCCAUCCCCCACCCCCAUUAGCAGAAAAUGCAGCAUCCUUGCACAUGGCACCUGGCAGACAGGGCGGGUGGUGAGUGGCUGAGUGGAAUCAGCAGUCCUGGCAGCCCUCACCAGCGGGUCCGUGAGCUUUGGAGGUGCUGAGGUUCCAAUCUUCUGUUUGAUUGGAACUCCUUGUCCCAAAGUACUUUUCAUGUGUCCACUCCCUGUGGAAGGGAAAAGAGGGUGGGGGUGAUUUUCCACAGCUUGAUUCAAAAGACUGAAACUCGAUGAGUGACAUUUCAGGCUGGCUGGGGAUGUGGGUUCAGAUCCCCCCAUGACCCCUGUGUGUGAGGAGCCACCUUCACCUGCACUGCCCGCAGGGACUCCACUUCCUGGCUCUGUGGCUCUCAGUGCCCUCAGGGAACUGCAGGGAGCCGGCUCAGAAGGUGCACAGUGGCCUGGGGGCCAGUCAUGUCUUUCACAGCCUUGUGCGCCUUGGACAAGUCUCCCUCCCUUCCCGGGCCUCAAUUUCCCCUUCUUACCCAGUGGGCUGCCUAGUCCACAGGGCCCCUAAGAUCCCACCCAGCUUCCUCUUCCUCUUGGGGCCACAGAGUCAGGAGUUGGAGGCACCAUGACCCCCAAGUUCCAGACCCUGGAGGGCAGCCGCUGCCCCUGGAAGGCAUGCAGACGUCAGCUUCUCCCAGGAGGCGGAAUUCAUGCGGGCCCUAGUCUGAGAAAGGCACCCGCAGGGUGGACAGCACGCUGCCCGCCAGCAGUGUGGCUGGAUCCCCGAGUCCAGCCAGCCUUUCCGUUAGCCAGCCAGCCAGCGAGCGCUCCUAAACCCUGGCCGCCGCCGGUUAUAAAUGAUUCAUGCAGCCCCGCCUCCCUCGGCGGCCACUUGAUGUUCCCUGCGCUCCAGCCCGGCGGUCCACCGCCUCUCCUGCCGCUGGGCAGUGCCGCCGCUGGGCAGUGCCCUCCCCGCACCGCCGCCCCUCUGGGUGCUGCGUCCCUCCGCCCUCCCCGCACGCUGGUGCCGCAGCAUCUCUUGCCACCAUUCCACGCGCCCCUACCGAUUGACAUGCGACACCAGGAAGGAAGGUACCAUUACGAGCCUCAUUCUGUCCACGGUGUGCACGGGCCCCCUGCCCUCAGCGGCAGCCCUGUCAUCUCUGACAUCUCCUUGAUACGGCUUUCCCCGCACCCGGCUGGCCCUGGGGAGUCCCCCUUCAACGCCCCCCACCCGUACGUGAACCCCCACAUGGAGCACUACCUCCGUUCUGUGCACAGCAGCCCCACGCUCUCCAUGAUCUCUGCGGCCAGGGGCCUCAGCCCCGCUGAUGUGGCCCAGGAGCACCUUAAAGAGAGGGGACUGUUUGGCCUUCCUGCUCCAGGCACCACCCCCUCAGACUAUUACCACCAGAUGACCCUCGUGGCAGGCCACCCCGCGCCCUACGGGGACCUGCUGAUGCAGAGCGGGGGUGCUGCCAGCGCACCCCAUCUCCACGACUACCUCAACCCCGUGGACGUGUCCCGUUUCUCCAGCCCGCGGGUGACGCCCCGCCUGAGCCGCAAGCGGGCGCUGUCCAUCUCCCCACUCUCAGACGCCAGCCUGGACCUGCAGCGGAUGAUCCGCACCUCACCCAACUCGCUAGUGGCCUACAUCAACAACUCCCGAAGCAGCUCGGCGGCCAGCGGUUCCUACGGGCAUCUGUCAGCGGGUGCCCUCAGCCCAGCCUUCACCUUCCCCCACCCCAUCAACCCCGUGGCCUACCAGCAGAUUCUGAGCCAGCAGAGGGGUCUGGGGUCAGCCUUUGGACACACACCACCCCUGAUCCAGCCCUCACCCACCUUCCUGGCCCAGCAGCCCAUGGCCCUCACCUCCAUCAAUGCCACGCCCACCCAGCUCAGCAGCAGCAGCAACUGUCUGAGUGACACCAACCAGAACAAGCAGAGCAGUGAGUCGGCCGUCAGCAGCACCGUCAACCCUGUCGCCAUUCACAAGCGCAGCAAGGUCAAGACCGAGCCUGAGGGCCUGCGGCCGGCCUCCCCUCUGGCGCUGACGCAGGGCCAGGUGUCUGGACACGGCUCAUGUGGGUGUGCCCUUCCCCUCUCCCAGGAGCAGCUGUCUGACCUCAAGGAGGAUCUGGACAGGGAUGACUGUAAGCAGGAGGCUGAGGUGGUCAUCUAUGAGACCAACUGCCACUGGGAAGACUGCACCAAGGAGUAUGACACCCAGGAGCAGCUGGUGCAUCACAUCAACAACGAGCAUAUCCACGGGGAGAAGAAGGAGUUCGUGUGCCGCUGGCAGGCCUGCACGCGGGAGCAGAAGCCCUUCAAGGCACAGUACAUGCUGGUGGUGCACAUGCGGCGGCACACGGGCGAGAAGCCCCACAAGUGCACGUUUGAGGGCUGCUCGAAGGCCUACUCCCGCCUGGAGAACCUGAAGACACACCUGCGGUCCCACACCGGGGAGAAGCCAUAUGUGUGUGAGCACGAGGGCUGCAACAAAGCCUUCUCCAAUGCCUCGGACCGCGCCAAGCACCAGAAUCGCACCCACUCCAACGAGAAACCCUACAUCUGCAAGAUCCCAGGCUGCACCAAGAGAUACACAGACCCCAGCUCUCUCCGGAAGCAUGUGAAAACGGUCCACGGCCCAGAUGCCCACGUCACCAAGAAGCAGCGCAAUGACAUGCACCUCCGCGCACCGCUGCUCAAAGAGAAUGGGGACAGUGAGGCCGGCACUGAGCCUGGCGGCCCAGAGAGCACCGAGGCCAGCAGCACCAGCCAGGCCGUGGAGGACUGCCUGCACGUCAGAGCCAUCAAGACCGAGAGCUCCGGGCUGUGUCAGUCCAGCCCCGGGGCCCAGUCGUCCUGCAGCAGCGAGCCCUCUCCUCUGGGCAGUGCCCCCAACAAUGACAGUGGCGUGGAGAUGCCGGGGACGGGGCCCGGGAGCCUGGGAGACCUGACGGCGCUGGAUGACACACCCCCAGGGGCCGACACCUCAGCCCUGGCUGCCCCCUCCGCUGGUGGCCUCCAGCUGCGCAAACACAUGACCACCAUGCACCGGUUCGAGCAGCUCAAGAAGGAGAAGCUCAAGUCACUCAAGGAUUCCUGCUCAUGGGCCGGGCCGACUCCACACACGCGGAACACCAAGCUGCCUCCCCUCCCGGGAAGUGGCUCCAUCCUGGAAAACUUCAGUGGCAGUGGGGGCGGCGGGCCCGCGGGGCUGUUGCCCAACCCGCGGCUGUCGGAGCUGUCCGCGAGCGAAGUGACCAUGCUGAGCCAGCUGCAGGAGCGCCGCGACAGCUCCACCAGCACGGUCAGCUCGGCCUACACCGUGAGCCGCCGCUCCUCCGGCAUCUCCCCCUACUUCUCCAGCCGCCGCUCCAGCGAGGCCUCGCCCCUGGGCGCCGGCCGCCCGCACAACGCGAGCUCCGCUGACUCCUACGACCCCAUCUCCACGGACGCGUCGCGGCGCUCGAGCGAGGCCAGCCAGUGCAGCGGCGGCUCCGGGCUGCUCAACCUCACGCCGGCGCAGCAGUACAGCCUGCGGGCCAAGUACGCUGCAGCCACUGGCGGCCCCCCGCCCACUCCGCUGCCGGGCCUGGAGCGCAUGAGCCUGCGGACCAGGCUGGCGCUGCUGGACGCGCCCGAGCGCACGCUGCCCGCCGGCUGCCCACGCCCACUGGGGCCGCGGCGUGGCAGCGACGGGCCGACCUAUGGCCACGGCCACGCGGGGGCUGCGCCCGCCUUCCCCCACGAGGCUCCAGGCGGCGGAGCCAGGCGGGCCAGCGACCCUGUGCGGCGGCCCGAUGCCCUGUCCCUGCCGCGGGUGCAGCGCUUCCACAGCACCCACAACGUGAACCCCGGCCCGCUGCCGCCCUGUGCCGACAGGCGAGGCUUCCGCCUGCAGAGCCACCCGAGCACCGACGGCGGCCUGGCCCGCGGCGCCUACUCGCCCCGGCCGCCUAGCAUCAGCGAGAACGUGGCGAUGGAGGCCGUGGCGGCAGGAGCGGACGGCGCGGGGCCCGAGGCCGACCUGGGGCUGCCGGAGGACGACCUGGUGCUGCCAGACGACGUGGUGCAGUACAUCAAGGCGCACGCCAGUGGCGCUCUGGACGAGGGCGCCGGGCAGGUGUAUCCCACGGAAAGCACUGGCUUCUCUGACAACCCCAAACUACCCAGCCCGGGGCUGCACGGCCAGCGCAGGAUGGUGGCUGCGGACUCCAACGUGGGCCCCUCCGCCCCUAUGCUGGGAGGAUGCCAGAUAGGCUUUGGGGCGCCCUCCAGCCUGAACAAAAAUAACAUGCCUGUGCAGUGGAACGAGGUGAGCUCCGGCACCGUAGACACCCUGGUCAGCCAGGUGAAGUCUCCACCCUUUCCUCAGGGCAACCUGGCGGUGGUGCAGCAGAAGCCUGCCUUUGGCCAGUACCCGGGCUACAGUCCGCAAGGCCUACAGGUGAGCCCUGGGGGCCUGGACAGCACGCAGCCACACCUUCAGCCCCGCAGCGGAGCCCCCUCCCAGGGCAUCCCCAGGGUAAACUACAUGCAGCAGCUGCGACAGCCAGUGGCAGGCAGCCAGUGUCCUGGCAUGACUACCACUAUGAGCCCCCAUGCCUGCUAUGGCCAAGUCCACCCCCAGCUGAGUGGGGCCCUCAACCAGUUCCCCCAAUCCUGCAGCAAUAUGCCAGCCAAGCCAGGGCAUCUGGGGCACCCUCAGCAGACAGAAGUUGCACCUGACCCCACCAUGAUGGGCCAUCGCCACAGGGAACUUGGGGUCCCCAAUUCAGCCCUGGCUGGAGUGCCACCACCUCACCCAGUCCAGAGCUACCCACAGCAGAGCCAUCACCUGGCAGCCUCCAUGAGCCAGGAGGGCUACCACCAGGUCCCCAGCCUUCUGCCUGCCCGCCAGCCUGGCUUCAUGGAGCCCCAAACAGGCCCGAUGGGGGUGGCUACAGCAGGCUUUGGCCUAGUGCAGCCCCGGCCUCCCCUCGAGCCCAGCCCCGCUGGCCGCCACCGUGGUGUACGUGCUGUGCAGCAGCAGCUGGCCUACGCCAGGGCCACAGGCCAUGCCAUGGCUGCCAUGCCGUCCAGUCAGGAAACAGCAGAGGCUGUGCCCAAGGGAGCGAUGGGCAACAUGGGGUCGGUGCCUCCCCAGCCGCCUCCGCAGGACGCAGGUGGGGCCCCGGACCACAGCAUGCUCUACUACUACGGCCAGAUCCACAUGUACGAACAGGAUGGAGGCCUGGAGAACCUCGGGAGCUGCCAGGUCAUGCGGUCCCAGCCACCACAGCCACAGGCCUGUCAGGACAGCAUCCAGCCCCAGCCCUUGCCCUCACCAGGGGUCAACCAGGUGUCCAGCACUGUGGACUCCCAGCUCCUGGAGGCCCCCCAGAUUGACUUUGAUGCCAUCAUGGAUGAUGGCGAUCACUCGAGUUUGUUCUCGGGUGCUCUGAGCCCCAGCCUCCUCCACAGCCUCUCCCAGAACUCCUCCCGCCUCACCACCCCCCGAAACUCCUUGACCCUGCCCUCCAUCCCCGCAGGCAUCAGCAACAUGGCUGUCGGGGACAUGAGCUCCAUGCUCACCAGCCUCGCCGAGGAGAGCAAGUUCCUGAACAUGAUGACCUAGAGCCCCGAGCGCCUGGUGCUGAGUGCACCCGGAGGGGUCAUCGCUGCCCAGAGCCUGGGGGUUCCAGCCGUUUUGUCUUUUUCCAAAAAAGUGUUAAAUAGGCUUGAGGGGUUGUUGCGCAAUGGCCGCUUCAGAUGACAGACGUUGUAAGAGAAGGUUUAUGGGCAUCCUCUCUGGUCUUUUGGAUUAUUCCUCAGAACAAAGAAAAAAGUCUCCAUAGGACAGGAAGGAAUGCAAAACUCAUUUACACAGUGCUUUCCAGCCUUUGGUGCUUACAGGACCGCGCGGUUCCGGCUUCUUCACGGCUGACAUUCGGCUAACGAGGGAUUACUUUGGCCAAAACCUUUCAAAGGAUAUGCAGAAAGAUGGUAGGGAGCAUUUGAGUUUGAAUCUGAAUGCUAUACUGGAUACUCUGCUCCGGAAAGAUGAGCUUUUUAUUCUACUACUUGGAAGGAAAAGGAAUUCCUGGUCCACCUGAAUUCCUCUAUGAAGCCUAACUCUUGAGGUCUCUAACAUACCUUGUCGUAGAGGAAAAGCACAGAUUAUACCUGGAUGAUUCAGGAGCACAUUCUGAUUCCAGGUUUGGUAGAGCUGGCUCUUCUACUCCGUAAAGCCGAGUCUGGGACUGGCAGCCCAUCCAAGUGUAUAUGAAUGAAUAAAGCAUCCAAGUAUAUAUGAAUGAAUAAAGUAUGUAAGUAUCACCAGAAAAAGGAAAGAAAAAAUGUACUCCUUGGGGCAAGCCCAGAAGCUGCCCUGGCCUCUCCAGACCGUGUUUACAGUGUUUGCAUGUAGAAUGUAGCCCUUCCUGAAAAGAAGACUUGUUUCUAAAUACCUCGGGGCUGCUGGAGCCACUGUGGGUUAGGGAUGGACUGAGGCCUCGAGGAGUGAGGGUGCACCCAGGGCCCAGCCUCAGGCCGCCCUAGGGAUCUCUCAGUAGGAAGAGGAAGUUGCGUGUUUACCCAAUCCUGUUUCUCCAAUGCAGCGGCCACCCACUUUACCACCAAAAACUCCAGGGCCUGACGGCAGCCCAGUCCCCCAGCACUCACCAGCAGCCCAGUGUUCUCCACCAAGCCACAGUGUGCAUGCCUCGUAUCCUCCAGAUUCCCUUCCUUCUGCCCACUGAGUCACUGGGCAGAGAAUGAUGACAUGUGUAGGUGGUGUGGUUGGGGGUGGAAAGGGGAAGGGGUUGAUCCUCAGGACUCUGAGGGAGCAUCGUUGAAUUUUCCUGUUCAGUGUGACCAAGACCCACCUGGAAAUGGAAUUUGGAACUGGCUUCAGGAGACAUCAUUCCUGAACACACUGUAGGGUGAAUUGGUGCAUCUUCCCCACCAUACACACACACACACACACACACACACACUCCCCAAACCUUUUCAUGGGGAAUGUGUGGCAACCUUGCCAAACAGCACCACUCAGAGUGUGACUCUGACUGUGACCUUGGCCUUAAUGAGGAACUUCUUAGGAGAGUUUGAGGACAAGACCAACAUCAUCAUCUGGGCCCGCUGCAUCCCAGCACAUCAAACUCUGUCCAGAGACAAGGCCAACUGCAAAUGAAAGCCAGGGAACAUUGCUAAGGGUCUGCGGCUCUGCGGUGGUGUUCAUCGCCUUCCUGAGAUAGGAUUUCCCUUGCCAGUCCCAACCUGUAUAUAUUCUGUACAGAAGACAUCCCUGAAUAUACUGUAGGUGAGUCGUCCAGCCAAAUUUAUAUCUCCAAAACAUUUUUAGCUUUUUCUACAUGCUAUGAAUUGAGAUGACAUGCUCAACUUGUAAAUAAGUCUUUUUGUACAUUAAAAAAGUAAUUUUUUCAUAA